UUUUGCGGAAGAUACGUUCCAAAUUAGCCAAAGAUCAACAUAGCACUCGAAUAACCACAGAGCAGCGAUAAAAUAAACGUGGGUGGGUAUCUAUCGGUUCCUCUUGUCAGGUAGAAUUUUUGAGAUUCAGUUUUCGCUUGUUUUGACCCCAGUUCUUGAAACUUCAGGGUCUUUCUGGAGCGCUGUAGGUGCCGCAGGCGGUCAGCGGGCGUCAUCGUUUUUCUGUUGUUGUGGCGGCGCAAACCGGGGACGCGUCCAAUGAGUCAGCUGCUGAUAGGGGUUAAUUUUACCUAACGAACCUAUAUAUAUCGAUAACAGCCUCGGUGGAAACAAGAACAAGAGACAAGUGCUAGUUUUGACGACGGCUUCAGAGGUAACAAUGGCAGUUCCGGUUGCUGCAUUACAACUGAGCACAUCAUCUAACGUUAGCCCGGGUUUGUUGGAGCACAACAUUCACAUCAGCGACAGAGAUUUGGGGAGGAUUUCAAGUAACAAUGAAAACGACACUCUGCCUUUACAUUCUCCUUGGACUUUUUGGCUUGAUAGAUCUCUACCAGGAACUACAGCAGCUGAAUGUGAGUCAAACCUGAAGAAAAUCUACACAGUGGACACUGUCCAGAACUUUUGGAGAGUUUACAACAACAUCCCCGGGGUCUCCAGCCUGCCGCUGAGAUGCAGCUACCAUCUGAUGAGAGGAGAGAGAAAACCACUCUGGGAAGAAGAGAGCAAUGCUAAAGGUGGUGUGUGGAAGAUGAAAGUACCCAAAGAAUGCACUUCUGCCGUGUGGAAAGAGCUGCUGUUGGCGACCAUUGGAGAACAGUUCAGUGAUUAUUGUGCCUCAGAGGAUGAAGUAGUCGGGGUCAGCGUCAGUGUAAGAGACAGAGAAGACGUCUUUCAGGUGUGGAAUGGAAAUGCUUCAUGCGCUAACGAGUCAAACAUCCUCGGGAGAAUCAACGAGCUCCUUCCUCAAAUUCCCUUUAAAGCCGUGUUCUACAAACCACAUGAGGAGCAUCACGCAUUUGAAGGAGGUCGAUCAAGACAUUAGCACGCCUCGCACAUCAGAACCCUUUAGAUGUACAUGUUAAUUGCUUAUUUUGGAUAAUGUUUGGGCAAAAUUUGAUGCAGUUGAGUUGCUGUAUGUCAUCUUAAUUACCUCAAAAUGUAGCCGAUGUAUUUUGAAUCUCAGAAGAUGGGGUUCUCCACCUUCUGAGCGUAUGUCACAAGAUCCAAAAUAUUUUUUUUUAGUCGGAAAGUAAAACCAUUUUAGUUUAAUUGUGUCUUUGGCAGUGUUUGUAUGUUUUUAUACUGAAAGUUUUGCAAACCAAAAACAGCAGAUCAUGUACAGUUAGGUUUUUAUACAUGUAUUAUGGCAUAUUUUGGCUAGCAUCCGGAGCACAGACUUACCUUGAUCUUUAACUUUGGAUUUAAGUUCCACAAUUUGAAUCUACAUCCUCAUGUAUACACAUUAAGGAUUUUCUAGUGCCCUCUUUUGUCUGUUUAUUUCACAGCCAAACACUGCUGCCUAUACUGGGAAACAUACAUGUUAAUAUGCUGUAAUGCUACUAUUUGAGCAGAAAUUGCACAUUGGUUUUUUACUUCUUUCUUUAGGAUAUAUGUGCAUAGUAAAAAAAAAUUGUUAUGUUCAUGUUACAAUAGAAUAACCCCAGUGCACAAGUCAUAGUUAGAUGCUGAGAAAUAUAUGCAAUCAUUUCUAUUCUGUAGAUUUGUAGUGUCAUGGUUGUCCAUUUGUUUAAGCUCUGCUCUAAAUCUAAAGCACUUUGUUUUCUUACUGUUAGUCACCAGAUAGCCCUUCUAGGAUUAUGUGGAGUCACAAUGACUGAGAUCAAGUCCACUUUGGUUUUGUGUCUGAUGUCUUUGGUUCACUUUUGGUUUUCUUUUUCUGCCUUAGUGUAGAAGUCAAGGUUAAAUGUUUUUAAUGGAUUCAAUUGACUUGAGUUAAGAUCAAACCUACAAAACACAACUUUUUUAUUAUAUUGGUCCAAUAAAAAUUGAAUAAACUAAAAUCUGAACCCUUCACAAAGACACGAUGAAUUUGUUCCAUCUGAAGUCAAAUUAUAGAGGUUAGAAAGUUGAAGCAUUAUUCAUCUCACUUGGCACUUUUAUGGUGAGUGUUAGUGGCUGCAAGACAGAUUAUCUGGAGUACGUGCAGCAUUGUACUUAGCUAUAAUGUUUCUUCAUGGUUUUGUACUCACAGAUAGGUUGUUUACGCUGAAGCAGAUUCCUCGGAGGAGUUGCCAAGAUUGCAGCAUUUUACCUUUCCCUUCAUGUUCUUCAUGUGUUAAUGUUUCAAGCACAUCUUACUACUAUACCAUUGCACAUACACAGUUGACCACUCUAAAGAUUUCAAACUUUGUAAAUGAUUGUUAAUCUUGGAUGGUGCCUUGUGUUCACCAGCAGUUUAGAAUGUCAUCUGUGUUCAGCAUGUUGGACUUGUAAAUACUCAUGUUUCUCUAUUAGUUUUACACAUGUUUGAGAAAUAAAGACACCUAAACUUUCA